AAAAAAAAUGUCUAAUGCUAUACAAACUAUAGAUGAAAAGAGUGAGAUACGAGAGAAGAAGAUUUGACAGUUGCGAGUGUCCUCGGAAUCUGCGGCCACGCCCUCGCCAAGGAGCGACGGCAACGUCGACGCCGACGCUGUUCGAGUACUUCCUUCUCUCUUUUUCACUACCUCCUUCCGUCUCACUUGCACGUUUACACUCGCCUUUCACUCUUGCCUCCCUCGGCCACCCACCCAGCAUCCUCAGCGACUCCAAAACCAACACUCGUUGACUCGAGCCAGUCUCCCACCGACCAUCCGAUCGUCAACGUUACUAUAUCCGUCGUCGUCGACGUUGAAACCUCGCGACGUUUAUAUAUUCAUUUUCCGGUUUAUAUAUCGUCGUUUCACUCGCUAUUGUCGACGUCGCUGGCUGAAUUUGUUACCUUAUUAUUUGCUCGUGUCAAUUCGCGACUCUAUACGUUACAAAAGUUAAAAAAAACUAUUCUUUACAGCUUUUAAUUUUCGCGCCAUUAUCCCAUUUCCAAGAUUGUCAACCAACCCUCCCUCCCAGUGUUCUCUCAUAACCCCUUGACCCCCGCCACAAAAACCAUCUAAAUCCGACCGGCAGCCGUUGUUUUCGUGACAAUAUCCACCGUCUUGCCGGUGUUUGGUGAAUUUUUCUGUAAGCAAAAAUUAACCAAUGUAUUAAAAGUUCUUUACUGUGUGUGGUCCUUAUGAGAGGUUUGUGUUGGUGAUUAUUACUUGAUUCACAUCGCACUGAUUCACCUUCACCACGAAAAUGUCUUCACUACGAACACAAUCCUCAGGUGGAGGUGUUAUGGGCUUAAGUAGUGUAGGAUCAGACAGAACGGUCGUUGCUUCGACAGUAGGUGGUUCGCAUUCCCAUUCACACAGAAAGCAUCAUCAUCACAGAAGUAGAAGUGCUCCUCGAGCACCAGAGAAACCUCCGAGGAAACGUCAUCUUAAUCCCGGAUACAGUCUCGCUUCCAUUCCUAGUCAAAUCAAACUUUCUAUGCUCAACAGUGGACUCAUUUCAUUCGCUGCUGAGGAACUUGGUAUGGGUGAAACUCUGCCUUCAACGCCAACGGAGCUUUCGCAAUACCCUAAGCUUUGUGAACUUCGAAGAAAGUUUCCUGUUCUCUAUAGGGUUGAGUUUCAGACAGCAAUAAAGACAGCGGAAGCACAACAAUGUAGACAUGCCACGAAGCCUAAUAAUAGAGAAAAGAAUCAAAACCAAAAGUGUAUUCCAUAUGAUUAUAACAGGGUGGUACUUGAUUCAAUACCAGGAGAACCUGAUUCGGAUUAUAUAAAUGCAUCGUACGUCGAUAGUUUAUUGAAGCCUAAUGCAUACAUUGUGACUCAGGGACCCACGGAACAUACAGUAACUGAAUUUUGGCGUAUGGUAUGGCAGGAGAAGGCAUCCUGCAUUGUCAUGCUCACAAAAACAUUCGACUUCAUCAAGGUAAUGUGUGUUCAAUAUUGGCCGCCAAAUAAAGAAAAAGAUGAGGAAUAUGGUGGAAUCGGUGUUUCGGUAUUAAAAGUCGAGGAAUUGGCUAAUUUUCACAUAAGAACAAUAAGGCUUUACAAAAAGGAUGAAAAUGGAGAUGUUACGGAAGAGAGAACGUUACUUCAGUUUCACUACACGGAAUGGCACUCACAUACGUGCCCUUUUGGAAAUGCAGUUCUAGAAUUUCGUCGUCGUGUUAGAGCCGUUGUUGGGUCUACAAUAAAAAAUGAAACCGGUCCCAUGAUUGUUCACUGCAACGACGGCGGUGGAAGGUCAGGAGUUUAUUUAGCGAUUGAUGCAAAUAUGGAACUAUCUGAGGAAGAAGAUACAUUUGACGUGUUUGGAUAUUUAAAGAAACUUAAGAAGAGUCGAAAAGGACUGAUUGAAAAUCUGGAACAGUACAAAUUUAUAUACGACACCUUGGAGGAGUUUGUGAUAUGUGGUGCGUCGUGGUUUCCGGUCUCGGAACUGUCGCAACGUUUGAAGCAAAAGAGCAUAAAAAAUCCGAUAACCAAGAUGAAUGAGUAUCAGAGGGAAUAUCAGCAAAUAUGUAAGCAAACACCGCGAUUUACAAUAGGUGACUGUGCUGGGGGACAUCGUGCCGACAAUAGAGAGAAAAAUAGAGAUGUACUUGUCGUUCCACCUGACAACUUCCGACCAUAUCUACAAAGUUUUCAGGGAAAUAUUUAUACCGACUACAUAAAUGCCGUCUUCGUUGACGGAUACACAAAACCACGAGAAUAUAUUGUAACGGAAUGGCCACUCCGUCACACGUGUGGUGAAUUUUGGUCUUUGGUUUAUGAUUAUGAAUGCGCGGCAGUCGUGGUUUUAUGUGUACCACCUCAGGGAUCAACUAAUUUCCCCACAUUUUGGCCAGAAGGUAGACAUUCCAAGAAAUACGGACCAGUUUUCACGAUAGAUCACAUCAGUCAUAAUCAUUACACCAACAUUAAAACAUGGGUAUUUAGGAUAAACAAGAAAAUUGUUUCACUAACGGAACUAAUGGCAGGCGUAAAGGCGCCGCCAAAGACUGUGCAACUAUUUCAAUUAACUUGUUGGCCAAUGGGACAUAAGGUGCCAACAUCAACAAAUAGUCUUGUUGAAUUGAUGAAUAUGGUGGAGAGAUGGAGACAGAGGACAGUUUAUGGACCCGUUGCAGUUGUCUCGCCUGAUGGUAGAAGUCGUGUUGGGGUUUAUUGUGCAGCCAAUGCCUGUAUAGAACAAGUUAUUCAGCACGGCGAAGUUGACAUUUUCCAAGCAGUUAAAACUGUACGCAGGCAUCGACCUCAACUCGUGGAAAACAUGACUGAAUACAAGUACUGUUACGAUUUAGUGUUGCAUUACGUGUUGCACUACCUGAACAAGGACAUGAACGAAAAAAAGUGAGAAAGCGAGUUGAGGGACGAGCUAUGGUUCAUCGAAUUUGGCCGCGGGGUG